CACAGCAGCAUGAGUGUGAGAGCGUAGACCAAUGAAUAAAAGGUUUCUACAAAAUGUCCGUUUUGCCCCUGCGAACUCUUCGUUCCCCAUCUCCCAAAACGAUUUCUUCCAUCUCAAAAGUAAAGCUUUCUUGGUCCACAAGCUUUCAGAAUCUACCCAUCUCUUUCUCACGAACUCACUGCAAAGUUCAAUUCUCAAACUUGGGUUCGCGAGUGACACUUUCACUAUAAAUCGCCUCAUAAACAGCUAUGUCAAGCUCAGAGAAACAAACACUGCACGCAAGCUGUUCGAUGAAAUGCCUGAACCAAAUGUUGUCUCCUGGACUUCGGUUAUCUCUGGGUUUAACGACACGGGUCAACCUCAAACUGCUCUGUCUAUCUUCCAGCAGAUGCACGAAGACAAAUCUGUAGCCCCCAACGAGUUCACCUACGCGAGUGUCUUUAAAGCCUGUUCUGCUUUGGCGGAACCAAGAAUCGGGAAAAGCAUCCACGCCCGUCUCGAGAUGUCCGGGAGAAGAAGCAACACUGUGGUGAGUUCCUCUCUUCUUGACAUGUAUGGGAAAUGCAACGACGUGGAAACCGCUAGACGGGUUUUCGACUCGAUGAUUGGGUGUGGGAGAAACGUUGUUUCUUGGACAUCGAUGAUCACUGCUUAUGCGCAGAACGCUCGUGGACAUGAAGCUGUUCAGUUGUUUAGAUCAUUCAACGCUACUUUUGAGAGACCGAAUCAGUUUAUGCUGGCUAGUGUUAUCAGUGCUUGCUCUAGUUUAGGUAGGCUACAAUGGGGUAGAGUUGCUCACGGUGUAGUUACUCACGGUGGUUACGAAAGAAACCAUGUGGUUGCUACGUCGCUUCUAGAUAUGUACGCGAAAUGUGGGUCGCUAAGCUGUGCGGAGAAGAUCUUCUGGAGGAUUUGCUGUCACUCUGUGAUCUCCUACACGUCUAUGAUCAUGGCAAAGGCAAAGCAUGGACUCGGAGAAGAAGCGCUACAACUAUUCGAAGAAAUGGUUGCGAAGAGGAUAAAGCCUAACUACGUAACGUUACUCGGUGUGUUACACGCUUGUAGCCAUUCGGGUUUAGUCACUGAAGGGCUAGGAUACUUGAAUUCGAUGGCUGAGAAGCACGGUGUGGUUCCUGAUCCGAGGCAUUACACUUGUGUUGUUGACAUGCUCGGGAGAUUCGGCCGUGUUGAUGAAGCUUACGCUCUGGCGAAAACUAUUGAAGUUGGAGCAGAGCAAGGUGCGCUUUUGUGGGGAGCUCUUCUUUCAGCUGGUAGGUUGCAUGGAAGAGUUGAUAUUGUUGGCGAGGCGAGCAAGCGGUUGAUACAGUCUAAUCAGCAAGUGACGAGUGCGUAUGUUGCGUUAUCCAAUGCUUAUGCUUUAGCUGGAGGGUGGGAAGAUUCAGAGUCUCUUCGUUUGGAGAUGAAACGUGGUGGAAACGUGAAAGAACGAGCUUGUAGCUGGAUUGAGAUUAAGGACUCGGUGUAUGCUUUUCACGCUGGGGAUUUGUCGUGUGAUGAGAGCGGUGAGAUUGUGAGGUUUAUGAAGGAUCUAGAGAAGAGAAUGAAGGAGAGAGGACACAGGGGUGGAAGUAGUAGUAGUAUGAUCACAAGUUCUUCGGUUUUUGUUGAUGUUGAUGAAGAAGCCAAAGAGGAAAUUGUGAGUUUGCAUUGUGAGAGGUUGGCUUUAGCCUUUGGAUUGAUACAUUUGCCUUCAGGACCGACGAUUAGGAUUAUGAACAACUUGAGGAUGUGCAGAGAUUGUCAUGAAGCCUUCAAGGUGAUCAGUGAGAUUGUGGAGAGGGAAAUUGUUGUUAGAGAUGUGAAUAGGUUUCAUUGCUUUAAGGAUGGGUUUUGCACUUGCCGUGAUUUUUGGUGAAUUUCUUUUUUAAACAUUUUUUCAACUCUUUUGUUGUUUUACAAAUUAUAAGCAGGAACAGUAUCAAAUCCAUUUAAUUAUAAAUAACAA